AUGGAGAGUAUAGUGCAGACAUUCGGAAUCAAGUCCUGUCCCUUGUGCUCUUCAUGUGGACCGGAGGACUCGCCGGAAUUGGUCGACCAUGUAUUGCGUCACACCUACGAAUUCGCACUCCGAGCUCUUCCAUGGCCACCACCCAUCUUACAUGAUCUAAACAUACCACCCGGUAGCUUCAAUUCGUCAAAGGGAAAUACAGGUGAGAUCCCACGUUGGAUCAACACAGUGGCUCACGAGUCUGCUGCACGUCCAGUUCUAGAUCUAUGCCACUAUGAUAGAGCAGACCACUCCACUAAAGCAAAUGUCAACAUGCCUGAGCAUAGCAACUAUUUCCUCAUAAACAGCUACUUCGACGAUAGAUCUGAGGAUAAGUCUUCUCGUCCACAGGCCAAUCAAAGCAUCACUUCCAAUCGGUCAGCAUCUACUCGAGCUUUGACGAUAAGCUCGGUAGCAUUUUCUCCAAGCCUUCUUCUAGUUGCGUAUGCAUCGGACGACUUCGUUAUCAGGAUUUGGGACAUCAAAACAGACGCCUGCGUAAUGGCGCUCCAUGGACAUGAAGGUCUGGUCAGCUCAUGA